GCCUAAGUUUGCUAGCUACUUCAGUGGUUGUUGAACACAUUUCUAGUGGCAAAUGUAUAGACAUGGUAUUAACGAGAUAAUCAACGAGGGGCUCGCUUUAUGCAUUAUCUGGAAAAUAAUGCAACUUUGCGGAAGGUAAAUUCCAGUCUGCUUGCGCGUUCGAACACACAUUCUACAUAGUUCAUUAUUUUCCAUAGAACGCAUAGCCUUUUCUUGAGUAUCCUUUAUACAUCAUUUGAAGGAGCAAUGCUUUGAAAUGCGGGCUUUUAUUUUGAAGGUUUCCUCAUUAUCAUACGAACGUGACCUCGUUUGUGCUGCGGGCAGAAUACUAGUCAGUUAGUUCUAAAUACAAAGCCUAGUAGGUUGACGUUUGUUGCUCUUUCCCGUGUUGGAUUGUGCAUUGUUCUACUCUUGUCAUUGUGGCAUCCGUAUCAAGGGAUAGGCUACAUUAUGUUUAUUUUAUUUGGAUGAAUCGAGCAGGCAGCAAGUUGCUGGAGAACUGGAUCGCUGAACCUGCCACUUGCGAGCCCAUGAUCCCGUUGACUUGAAGCGUACUGUAUGUUGAUGAAAUUCAAGCAUGUCAGGAAAACAAUUUAAAGGUCAUGAAGUCAGUUGCUGCAUCAAAUAUUUUAUUUUUGGAUUUAACAUAAUAUUUUGGCUGCUCGGUGUGGCCUUCCUGGGCAUUGGACUAUGGGCCUGGAAUGAGAAGGGUGUUCUCUCCAACAUCUCGUCCAUCACAGACCUGGGGGGCUUUGACCCCGUCUGGCUCUUCUUGGUGACGGGAGGGGUCAUGUUCAUCCUGGGCUUUGCCGGUUGCAUCGGAGCGCUGAGGGAAAACACCUUCCUGCUCAAGUUUUUUUCUGUGUUCCUGGGGAUCAUCUUCUUCCUGGAGCUGACAGCUGGAGUGUUGGCCUUCACCUUCAAGGACUGGAUCAAGGACCAGCUCAACUUCUUCAUCAAUAACAACAUCCGGGCAUACCGUGACGACAUCGACCUCCAGAACCUUAUAGACUUCACUCAGGAAUAUUGGGAUUGUUGUGGCGCAUUCGGAGCGGACGACUGGAACCUCAACAUCUAUUUUAACUGCACAGACACCAACCCCAGCCGGGAGAAAUGUGGAGUCCCCUUCUCCUGCUGCACCAAGGACCCUGCGGAGGAUGUGAUAAACACGCAGUGUGGCUAUGACGUACGAGCCAAAACUGACGUAGAGCAGAAGACCUACAUCCAUGUGAAAGGCUGUGUGCCACAGUUUGAGAAGUGGCUACAGGACAACCUGACGCUAGUGGCUGGGAUCUUCAUAGGAGUUGCGUUGUUACAGAUAUUUGGAAUAUGCUUGGCACAAAACUUAGUUAGUGACAUCGAAGCUGUGAGAGCAAGCUGUUUAUUUACCUGAUGUCGCUGCCCGGCUUGACCCAGGAACGCACAGGUCUCUUCAGCAUGGCUACGCCAGUCUCAGAGCAUCAAAAGAUGCUAGAACUAGGAAUGAUACCACCUGCACCAUAUUCCGUCAUGAUGACUGGCACAUUAUGAUCCUUUUUAAAGAUGUUUGGGGUUGCAAAAUUCCUGUAAUUUUCCAGAAAUCCCAGUUGGAAGAUUCCUCCAAUCAGGAUUUCUGGAAAACCUGGGAAUUUGGGGAAGUUACCCACGCUUUGCAUCCCAUUUGUUCCAUGUGGUUCCAUCCAUGUGGUAAACACUGUGUAGAAAUGUACAGAAAAUAAUGAAGACAAAAAAAUUCUGGGGGGGGUGUUUGUAAAUGCACUGCAUGCCUAUCACAAUGGCAUAGGCUCGUUUAAAUUCAUGAUGUACAGAAGCUCUUAUUGACACAGGUAUUUUUAACAGUAAAAUGGUAGCUGUAUGUGGCGACUGAGCAUUAGGGAAGAGGGUAAUGGUGCUAGAAUACAAAUGUACAGUAGUAGUCGCAGCCCUCAAGUCGUUCGCUUUGAACUGCAGUAGCCUUGUAGGCUCAAGAGUUUCUGCGCAUUCGUUAUAUUUCAUGGCAUCUCUACCUGGGUGAAAUACAUACAGGUACGUUACAUACUUUCAAAUACUUGAGGUGGGCCUAUUUUAGCAAGAGUUUGGGGGGGGGGGGGGGGGGGGAACUAGUCAAUUGGUUCUAUUGUAACAGACAAGCUAAAUCAAGCACACUUCCAAGUAUCAAUGUAUUUGACCCAGGUCUGAUCUCUGCACACUCUACAUUAAAAUGAAUUGUCAAUACAUUCAAUGAACUGAAAAACUUCAUGUCCAUUUCUUGCUAUGGUAGUCUUCUGUUUUCAAUACCGCUAAGUGAAGUGUCAAUCUUUAGGAAUCCCUGUCACUUCAUAUUCAAUCUUGUUCUGAGGGCUGAAUGUGAUUUGUUCGAUUGCUCAGCGGGGGGAGCUUACAAUGACUAGUGAGUGAUAAAACAAACUCACUUCCUGACAUUUGUUGGUGGUGGAGGGCGUAACACAUGGGUUGCUGUGCUGAGGGUUCCUGGCUCAAAUCCCUGUGUGCUUUCGGUUUUCUAGCUCAAUGAUCAGUGAGUCAAAUUAAAUAAAUGCUUGUAGGGAGGUGGCAGGCGCGUUAGAUACAGGUUGAGACUAGGUCCCUGUUGAGGAUCCCCAUGUCUUGUUUUCCAACCUUGAACUUACUUUCUAAAGUUAACCAAUCACUUUUCACAUUUGUCUAACCAUUUGUGACUGGUUAAAGGACCAAAACCUAAGGCGGGUGGAUGGGGUCCUGGGUGGCAGAGGUCGUAACACGAGGGUGUCCAUGCAUUAGGUCCUUGGUUCGAUUCCUCGUGUGGCUUUUAAAAUAACCAAUUAAACUCCUUUCUGCCCUCAGAACAAGAAAAUAAGGGUUUGAUUCAAUCUGUAUCGUGGAAGAUCAGUGCUAUAGCGCAAUUGACACUUUUAAUGUCCUGCGCUCACAGAGAUUGCGCUCAUGGUAAAUUUUGCAUAUAGGCUCAACAGCUUCUACCCCCCAAGCCAUUAGACUGCUGAACAAUUCAUGAACAUUUACACUGAUACCCCCUCCCCUCUUGUACACUGCUGCUACUUGCCGUUUGUUUGUUACCUAUACAUAGUCACUUCGCCCCCACCUACAUGUACAGAUGACCUCAACUAGCCUGUACCUCUGCACACUGACUCGGUACCGGUGCCCCAUCUAUAUAGCCUGGUUAUUCUUAGUGUUACUUUUUUAUUCUAGCCGACUUGGUAAAUAUUUUCUUCUUGAACUGCAUUGGAGGUUAAGGGCUUGUAAGUAAGCAUUUCAAGGUAAAGUCUACACUUGUUUGAUUUGAUAUAUCGGCUCAAUCGCAAACUACCUUUAAAUUUCAAAUCACACUGAACUUCCACGAUAGGGAUUGAAUCGAGCCCUUUGUUUUUCUUUCAUUCCCAUGAAAUAAAUCAUUUUUGUUGACCUGCUGACAUUGUUAAUAGUACUAAUUAUUAUUAAAAGGACAAGACAGAAA